AUGUCGGGUAGUUAUUAUUUUGUGAUCGUUGGUCAUAAUGACAAUCCAGUUUUUGAAAUGGAGUUUAAUUUUUCAUCAAAAGAACCUAAGAAAGAAGAUCAUCGUCAUUUAAAUGAAUUUAUUGCUCACGCUGCAUUAGAUUUAGUUGAUGAGCAUAUGUGGAAAACAAAUAACAUGUAUUUAAAAUCAGUUGAUAAAUUUAAUCAAUGGUUUGUGUCUGCUUUUGUAACAGCUAGUCAAAUGAGAUUUAUCAUGGUUCAUGAUAAUAAAAAUGAUGAUGGAAUUAAAAAUUUUUUUAUGGAAAUGUAUGAAACUUACAUUAAGUAUUCGAUGAAUCCAUUUUAUAAAAUUGGAACUCCGAUACGAUCUAAAGCGUUUGACAGAAAAGCUCAAUUAUAUGGAAGAAAGUUUCUCACGAGUUAA